CUCGUGACUGUUCAGUGGGUGGUGCUUCCCAACAAAGCACAUCUGAGGUUAUGAUUUCGACCCGCAGAAAAGAGUCUCCCAGUGUGACGUCCGAAAGGGUCGACACGAGUGAAGAUCAGAGGGACGGGCACGUACUGCUUGCCCGUAUGUUCCGAUAUUUCAACACCGAUCAGCGUUUAGAGAUACUCGAGACUCUUCUCAGACAAGCGACAGACAGCGAGACCCGCACAAUGCUGGAAGGAUACCACACGAGGCGCGGCAGCAACGGGCGUUUUGUGAAAAAGGCGCCUCAUCCCAACCCAUCGCGUGUUUCACGGUGGGAGAGAUCGAGCGUCGCAUGGCAACUAUUAGAGGGGUGUUUCUACAGAUAUUCGAUAAAGCAGGAAAAGCAGGAAGACGAAGAGGUGUCGGUGAAAGAUGCGGGCAUGGGUUCCCGGAUGAAUGCUGACAUGGAUUCCCGGAUGAAGGUUAAUCCCCACAUGGUGGAUGGACUUGAGGUACUGUUUGAAGAGCAUGGGCAGUAUCUUGUCAAGCUGUGCAAGUGUCUGGGCUUGGAAGCGGGAAACGAGUUUGACAAGUUGUAGAAUUUGCUCACAAAUUAAUUGAUAUCAAUAUUUUUACAUUGGCUUGUACAUGCAAUUUUGUAUUUUUUAUGUAAUUUGUACACUUGGUAGAAUAAGAAAAUUACAAGCUUUUAUUGUCCAA